AUGACAACUCACCGCGCCGACGCCAGCACCUUCCUCGACAACCGCGGCUACUCAGGCCCCCUCGUCCGCGGCGUCAACCCAGCCACGCUCUUCGAAAAAGCCGUCCGCGACCGCAUCACCGAAUCCUACUACUGGAAAGAACAAUGUUUCGGGCUUAACGCCGCCACACUCUGCGACCGCGCAGUGGAGCUCACCGCAGUGGGCGGCACAUACGGGGUAUCCGAGAAGCCGACGCCCUUCCUCUGCCUCGCCUUCAAGCUCCUACAACUAAACCCGACGCGGGACAUCAUCCUGGAAUACCUCAACUUCAGCGACCCGGGCAGCGACAACGAGGACCCCACGGAGGCGGAUAGCGCAGCGGUGCAGCAGGCGCGCGGCGACUUCAAGUACCUGCGGGCGCUGGCGGCGUUCUACGUGCGGCUGACGUUCGACGCGGUGGAUGUGUAUCGGACGCUGGAGCCGCUGCUGCUGGAUUAUCGGAAGUUGAAGCGGAGGGUGCGCGACUCGGUGGUGCUCACUUAUAUGGAUCAGUUUGUGGAUGACUUGCUUACGAAGGACCGCAUGUGUGGUACGAGUUUGUGGAAGUUGCCGUCGAGGCAGCAGUUGGAGGAUUUGGAUUUGUUGGAUGAGAGGGUGAGCCCGUUGGCGGAGGAGUUGGAGGAGAUGGAUAGGGAGAGCGAGGAGGGGGAGGGUGAGGGUGAGAGCGAGGAGGGUGAGACGCGGUCUGAUGGUCAUGACUGAGGCAUUUGCGGUUGUGGUUCGUUGAAUGAACCAGUGGCUGUAUACCGUGCUGUAUACUGUCGCCAUCUAUUGCCAACACCGACUCUCCGGACCAAUUCCCACAACGGGUAUUUCGUCGCGCUCUACGCGAGGACACGCCGUGUCAAAGCUUAUACCGCCGACUGGCAAUACCAGCGCCGGUUUUUGACUCACUUGGCACGGCUUUGACCAUGUCGAAUGAACCUGGCAGGUUGUGAGUUGGAACAAUCUCCGUCAAGUGGAACAACAGGCUAUUCGCAGGAGGGGUUCAAUAUAUCAGGCUACUGUUGAACAUCAAUCGAUGGGCCAUGCGCCCAUAUAAG